GGGUUGAUAUAUAGGCAUUAAAUUGUUUAUAACUCCUGUACAGAAUGUAAGCUUGCAAGAAUGAAUACACUAAAAAGGACUACUUUGUUUUUAUUCGGAUUUUUUCUGAAUGUAUGCAAAGGCGAAGACCCCUUUCGGAUCCCCAUCUCAGCCAUCAACGUGAGAACAAAUGUGAAUAUUGAAUAUUUGAAUGGGAAUAUGACCGCAGAUAAAGUGAACGAUGGUGUACUACCGGCAUAUACCGAUGAAAAAUAUCCCCGAUAUUUGUCCGAAUGUAAAUGUUGCGCCGGCAUAGUUAGACCAUAUAGCCCAUCUUGGGUGCAGCUCACAUUGGACAAGAUUUAUCUCGUGGAGCGAGUUAUUAUUUGGGGACCAGGAAAUGCUGGUACUGAUGAGCACUUUAACGACUUCUUUUUGUCAAUGGGUCUUUGGGCACAAUCUAGUCAUGAGGAACAAUUUACUUCGAAAAACAGGACCAUUGCGGAGAAGAGGCUAUAUCCUCCACACCAAAUCAAGUUUGUCCACGUUAGAGCGGCUGAAAAUAGUGCUGCUUUGAUAUUGUGUGAGAUUAUGAUAUACCGACAAGCAGAUUGCCUGAUCGGAAGUUACAGCGUAAACUGUUCCAAGAAAUGCCAUUGCCUUGUGGGCCCAUGCGACAGUGUUACGGGUGCAUGUGGAAAUGGUGGCUGUAUAGACGGAUGGUUAGGAAUAUCGUGCAAUGAAAACCCGAUUCGGAUCGCUAUCUCAUCCAUCAACGUGACAACAAAUGCACAUAUAUACAAUACAGAUACUACCAAUGCAGAUAAAGUGAAUGAUGGAGUAAAUGGCAAGUCCCUUGAUCCUUGGAACUGCAAAUGCUGCGCCGUCCUAACGCUAAGUUCUUGGUUACAGCUGACACUGGACAAGAUUUAUCUCGUAGAAAGAGUUCUUGUUUAUGCAAAUGAUAUUAGUGGGUCAGUUGACAACAUCACUUUGUCAAUCGGUCUUAGGGAAGAAUCGCUUCAUGAUGAACACUUUACUUGGAAAAGCAAGACUACUGCGGAGAAGUUGCUACAUCCUCCACGCGAAAUACAAUUUGUACGGUUUACGUGGAGUGAUUAUAGUCAGAUACUGUGCGAGAUUAUGAUCUACCGACAGGCAGAUUGCCCGAUCGGAAAGUACAGCGUAAACUGUGCCAAGCAAUGCCAUUGCCUUGUGGGCCCAUGUGACAGUGUUACGGGUGCAUGUGGAAAAGAGCUUUGUGAAGACGAAUGGAAAGGAACAGCGUGUAAUGAAACCAAGGCAGAUACAAAGCUGUCGUCGACAGUUAUAUGGAUUGCAACGUUUUUGGGAUUGUUUCUGCUGUUAGUUGGCGUCACCAUUGCUUGGUUGUGUAUCCGGAGGAAGAAAAUAGGGACAGUAGAGAGGACUUUGGAAAACGUUCAACAAAAUGACCUUCAACCAUCGUAUUGCCCGCAAGAAUUUCAUGACAACAACUACGCUCAAUAUGAGGUCGUCCCUGACAACAUUUCAGAGCGCGAGGCGACACCAAUGUACACGUCCUUCCAGAUGAAAGAUAAGCAUCUGUACACUGGUUUGCAAAACUCCAGCCCCAUGUCCCCAGCAUCGCCUUAUGUAAUAUCUGAGAGCGAAACAGUUGAGAAAAAUUAUGCAGAAGCCGAUGACAAUGCCUCUACAUCAGAGGCAAAGAACAAGUUGACCGAAGAAAAGGAAAAUGAUAAUAACGGGGAGACAAAUUACGCAGACUUCGAACUAUUGGAGAAUGACAAACAAAAAUCAGUACACAAAGAGUACUAUUUCGUCAAAUAGGGUACACAUCAGAGUAUUGCUUCCAAACUGCAUAUUUUCAUAUAGCUUGAACUAAUUGUUUUUCAAUUAUUAAAUUCCUCGUAAUCACAUUUAAGUGUUGCAAAUAUAAAUAUUAACCCUCAGCAGCAUGCGUGAUUUAUCGCAAUGCAUGCCCGUGAAAUACACGGAAAUAUUUUGAGAGUAUUGCACGAUCAAUAGAAUAAAACAUGUUAAUUUCGAAUACAUAUUCGUUUGUUUUCUCGACACAAAUACAUGUACAUGUACAUAUAACCAAAACUCACGGUCUACGUUUUCGCCCCGCUAAAUAAACUUGUAUUAACACAUUUACUAAACGAGUUUAUGAUUAUUGUUACAAGAAGUGAGUGAACCUCUUCGAUCAUAUUUUGAUUUCCCAUGACAAAAUGUGACAUGUUAAAUAAAAUAAGGUGGAAGAGGGCGAUAAGUUGUGUAUCAUUUUAUGUUGUCAUGUUUACUUCUGAGGUAAAAGAACAAUGUUAAUUCUAUUCGUCUAAUGUAGAUAUUAAAGUGUAUUAUAUCAUAUAUUGUUUACAUCUAAAUGAUUUGACAUUGACUCAUAUGGAUACGUAAUCCGCUACUCUAGUGCUCUUUUUUUAUAUAUUUUUGUAUCUCGACAAAUGAUAAAGAUAUCAUCUUGAAAAUUUAUAUUUAAGUAUGCUUUAAUGAAUCGUGCUGUCCUAUUCUAAGAGUAAUUGCCCGUUGGUAACUCGAUCUCCCAUAUUUAAGAGUUAUUCCCUUCUGGUAUCUUUUCCUUUAUUUUUGUCCGGAUCAUAACUCAAAAAGUCACGUCGUCCGAACGAGCUGGAGCAUUUGUGUAUUUAAAACAUAAUUCUAGUGUCUUCAUUUGUUUUGCCACACAUGUAUUGAUAAAAUUACAAGGAUUUCUUGUUUCAACCAUAAGCCUUUUGAGAAUCACUGUUUGCGUAACUCUGUAUGAUUGAAAUACUUACACAAUGUAAGUUCUAGUUUCAAUUUAAAUAAGAUGUUCAAGUUAUAUUAAACCAUGAAUAAUUUGUUGUUUUUUAAAUACGGAUGUUUGAAUGCAUCGAAUUGGUGAUACAUGACUAUUUAAUGGGCGUGCUACUAAUUAUUUUCCCAUUCAACUGCAUUGAAUUAUUACUUGUUUUUUACAGCGUUUUUUGUUCUGACAUACACAUAUAAAAACAAAUAUGAUAAGCACGAGUUACUAUCAAAACCGGUUUCAAACUACUGCAUUACUUGUUUUUGAACUUUGCUUUCAUCAAUUGAAAUGACAUUGUAGUAAACAAACGAAGCAAUCGUGUCUCGAAAACAUUUUUCUCAGAAUUCUUCUCAUUGGUGUUUCUCGAGUUACAUUUGUUUUGUUCUUAAACACCGUUUCAAAUCUGCAAUAACUUUAACGUCACAACAUGAAAAAAUGAAGGUUUUAUAUCUUACAUUUAAUUAUUGUUUCUUGCGUAUGCAUAUAUUUUGAAAUAUAAUGAAAAGACCUAAGUUAAUAAAACUAUAAUGUAAUCCAUAAACGUGUGAAACUUUUGUUUUAUUUAAAACGCGAUUUGAUAACAUAUUUGUUGAUAUGGCAAGAAAAUGGCUCAAAUAAAAUUUAUUAAAAUUAAUAAUUGUUGCCUAGCAAAUGAUAAUUUUACAUGUAUUUUAUAUGAUUCGUUUGUUAUGUAUAUAUACAUACUUUAUAUAUUUUGUUAUAUAUUCUGCAUUGUGUUUAUAUAAAGUUUAGGAUAAUUUGCGCAAGGUAUCUAGGAAUGAAUUGUUCAACCUGGCAUGCUACAUGCCAAGUCACCUCAUGGAAAGGAGAAUAUCCUAUGAUAAUAUACCAAUGUCCUAGUUGCAUAAUUUUCAUGAACUCCAAAUAUUUUUAAUUUCGCGUGAUAUGUUAUAAAACAUACUGUUAAGUAGUCAUACAUUUCUGAACGUAUAGUAUUAUAAUAUGAGAGUGUUCUAUGGUUUGUAUAUUGUAAAGCAUGAAUGGAAAAAUAUAUAUUGAAACAAUU